AUGAUGCAGGCCGUUGUUUUCAAGGGCAAACUACAGGUGAAGGUGGAACAGCGGGAAAUUCCUAAGAUACAAGAUGCUGAAGACAUUAUCGUCAAGGUGGGAUAUACAGCGCUCUGUGGAAGUGAGCUCCACAUUUUCCGUGGAGAUCUCCCCGCUGAAACCACCGGUUUUAUCAUGGGACAUGAAUUUACUGGAGAGGUUGUGGAAGCUGGUUCGGCAGUGACUACACUCAAGCCGGGAGAUAAAGUCAUAACGCCGUUUACAGUAAGCUGCGGCAAGUGUUUCUAUUGCAAGCAGGGUUAUUCUUCGCGAUGCGAAAAGAAUCUCCUCUUCGGCUCGCCUCGCCUGGAUGGUGGUCAGGCUCAGUAUUGCCGCGUUCCCCUAGCCGAUGGGUGUGUUGUCAAAGCACCUGCCAAAAUCCGAGAGCACUUGUUGGUUUUAAUGGCCGAUAUCUACCCGACUGGAUAUUUUGCAGCUUAUAAUGCCUUUAGGGGACAGCAAGAAGAGGUUCAUCACCAGAAUCUGGUGUUGGUUCUUGGCUGUGGCCCGGUCGGAUUGUGUGCUUUGGUUGCCGCACUUGAGUAUAAGCCGAGACAUAUUAUCGCCAUCGACAGCAUAGGAUCACGCCUAGAACAAGCUGAAAGAUUGGGUGCUGAGCCGUGGAACUACCGCACAGACAUGGAUGGUCUCCGAACACGCGUGAUGGAGUUGACGGAUGGGCGAGGAGCAGACGUUGCCAUUGAAGUUGUGGGACACAGUGACGCCCUUGAAAUGUGUUUCAGUCUACUACGGCCAUGGGGAAAGAUAUCUAGCGUAGGUGUUCACGUGGGCUCCAUUCCGUGGACUGGGAAUCAAGCAUUUCACAAGAAUCUCAGUAUAGAUAUGGGUCGGUGCCCAGUAAGAAGUUUGUUCCCACAAGCACUUGAAAGCCUGGAGCGCCACCAGGACGACCUAGAAUUCAUGGCAAAAGAUAUAAAACCCCUUUCCGAGGCAGUUAAAUGGUAUGAUGAGUUCAAUAAUAUGAGAGUGCAGAAGAUCAUAUUCGAUGCGAGUAAAUAG